CGGUGCCCUUCCCCCCCAGCCACCGGCUCACGGCCAAAGAGGUGUUCGAUGGCGAGGGGAAGCCCAAGGUGGACGUGCUGAAGGGGCACCUCACCAAGGAGGGGCGCGUGGAGGAGAGUGUGGCCCUGAGGCUCAUCGCAGAGGGCGCCGCCAUCCUGCGCGCCGAGAAGAACCUUCUGGACAUCGAGGCGCCCGUCACAGUGUGCGGGGACAUCCACGGGCAGUUCUUCGACCUGAUGAAGCUGUUCGAGGUGGGCGGGUCGCCGGCCUCCACGCGUUACCUGUUCCUCGGCGACUACGUGGACCGCGGCUACUUCAGUAUUGAGUGUGUGCUGUACCUCUGGGCUCUGAAGAUCCUCUACCCCAAAACACUGUUUCUGCUGCGUGGGAACCACGAAUGUCGACACUUAACAGAGUAUUUCACGUUUAAGCAGGAAUGUAGAAUAAAGUAUUCAGAGCGGGUGUACGACGCCUGCAUGGACGCCUUCGACUGCCUGCCGCUGGCCGCGCUCAUGAACCAGCAGUUUCUGUGCGUGCACGGCGGCCUGUCACCGGAGAUCACCAACCUAGACGACAUCAGGAAACUGGACCGGUUCAAGGAGCCCCCAGCCUACGGCCCGAUGUGUGACCUGCUGUGGUCCGACCCGCUGGAGGACUUUGGCAACGAGAAGAACCAGGAGCACUUCACCCACAACACGGUGCGGGGCUGCUCCUACUUCUACAGCUACCCGGCAGUCUGUGACUUCCUACAACACAACAACUUAUUGUCCGUCAUUCGCGCACAUGAGGCACAGGAUGCGGGGUACCGCAUGUACAGAAAGAGCCAGACCACCGGCUUCCCCUCAUUAAUCACCAUCUUCUCCGCGCCCAACUACCUAGACGUUUACAACAACAAAGCGGCGGUCCUGAAGUACGAGAACAACGUGAUGAACAUCCGGCAGUUCAACUGCUCCCCCCACCCCUACUGGCUGCCCAACUUCAUGGACGUCUUUACCUGGUCCCUACCCUUCGUGGGCGAGAAGGUCACUGAGAUGCUGGUAAACGUUCUCAGCAUCUGCUCCAGCGACGAGCUCACCACCGACGAGGAGCUGGACGGACAGCUAAUAUAUGCCCCAAAGAAAGUUGCCACAGCCUCCGCCCGUAAGGAGGUCAUCCGCAACAAGAUCCGCGCCAUCGGGAAGAUGGCGCGCGUGUUCUCUGUGCUCAGGGAGGAGAGCGAGAGCGUGCUGACCCUGAAGGGGCUGACCCCCACGGGCAUGCUGCCCAGUGGGGUGCUCUCCGGGGGCAAGGAGAAGCUGCAGAACGAAACCGCAGCUACUAUAGAGGCUAUAGAGGCGGACGAAGCGAUCAAGGGCUUCUCACCGCAGCACAAGAUCACGAGCUUCGAGGAGGCCAAGGGGCUGGACCGCAUCAACGAGCGCAUGCCGCCGCGCCGCGACACGCUGCCGUCGGACGCAAGCCUCAACGAGCUCAACAAGGCGCUGUCCUCGGAGACCAACGGCACGGACGACACGGGAGACUCCGGUGGAGGGGGAGACGGGGGCGGAGGCGAGGGCGGCGGUGGUGGUGGUGGUGGUGGUGGUGGUGGUGGGGGAGACGUCGUCGAUGGCGCCGAAGGCGAGGGAGUUGCAAACAGCCAGUGAAGCGGGAGGAGGGAGGGGUCCCCCGAGAACGCCACGACCCAAUCCCCCCCCCCCCCCCCCCUCAUCCCCCACCCGCCCCCCCAAAGGGCCAUCCCCGCAUUGAAGCCCCUUUUAUCUGACCCCCCACCCCACCCCGCAGGGCAGAGACAGGCAGAGUGGGGGUGAGGGGUGUGGAGACUGUGGGGACAGGGGGGGGGGGGGGGUUAAAGUUUGUCUGUGGGAAGGGGGGGGGGGGGGGGGAGCUUGUUGUGCUCACAUCUCACUUUGCUCGUUUUUCAUUUUUUUUGUUUCGUUUUUUUACAUGCCUUUUUGAAACAUUAGUUCCUUGUCAAUUCUAAGUUAUUGCUGGUUCACGGCUCAGUGCAGUCAGGGGCCCCGAGCUCAGCGCUGUCAGGGGCCCGAGCAAAGCGCUACAUGUCUUUAUUAGCUCAGUGCUAACUUAAGACAGUGUGUCAGAGGGGGAGAGGAGCCUAUGGGGGGGAUUAGAUCUGUUUGUGUUUGUGUUUGUGAUUCUUUUCUCCGAGAGACCCCUUCUCAUUUACACCGAAACACUUGGAAAACAUGUUUAACUUCUUACUAACUAUCGUACGUUUACAAAAAUACAGCACUAAGAAAGGACAGACGUGAGAUGUUUUUAAACAUAUAAGGGUGUACAAACUAAAUAAGGACUAUUUAUUGAUGAUUUCCUUUUUGCUACUCGUAUAAAAUAGCUCUGAGAUGAAUUAGGCAGUCUUAAAAAGAAGAAUGUUGCAACAUUGUUGAAAUGCCAAAUACUAGAUUGUCUAUGGUUUUGUACAGAUUAUGCUUACCUCAGGUUCUUUGGUGUGUGCUAUGACCUGAAUUGUCUGUAUAAUGGCUAAUUAACUUGGUAAUGAAUACCUAUUUUCUUGAGUUUCAUAACUGGAAUUUACAUUUUACCUAUCAUUUGCAAAUAUUUGUAUUAUUUGUCUUUAUUUGAGAGAGGUGGGGGGGGGGAGUAGAUUUAUCGUGGCUUGCUGGAAUUAUGGAUUGUUUAUUUUAUCUUUAUAAGUAUUGCGAACAAAGUAAAAAAAAAAAAAAAAAACAGAGAACCUAUAUUAUGUAUAAAAAAAAAUACAAUACAGUGUCUGCCUAUGCAUGUUUUUUAAAAUCGGAUAACGAAGUGGGAUGUCUGGUUUCCAUGGCUGCUGAGGCCUAUUUUCAAAUAUACCGCGCUUUAGUGAACAUGUACUGGAAUCCUAUACCUGCAUCCUCUCAAUACACACAGUGAUGCCCUACGCCUUCAACUGGUUUUGUAUUGAAGCAUUUAACUACGAAAUGGAUGAGAACGAUUUUUAAUCUCUUGCGCGCUUGUUAGUGCACACACAGUCCAAUUAAGCAUGUUUGACGGUUCUUGUGAGGUGUGUGUGUGUGUCUGUGUGUGCGUGUGCGUGUGGUGACAUACAUGUGGAAUUCAAAAAUGCAUGAUAGCAGUUAGUCAUGUAAUGGGUUAAUCCGUUUUUGUUCCGUUUUUGUAAAUGUGCCACAGAAAGUGAAAAAUUAUUAUUAUUAUUUCAAACUCUGCUUUGUAUAUGAGUAACAGGUUUGAUACUGCUCAGUACUUUAAGACGAAACAAAAAAAAUCUUCUAAUCUUUUUUAAGGACUGCUUAAGUGCCCAAGUAAUUCACUACACGACAGGACGCCUUGCUUUUGUAAUUAAACCUUUAAAACUGUUGGCAGACGAGGCAUGCACUUGCAACUAUGAAAAGUAUUUUAUAUAAAUGUUCAAUAAAAUGUGCAUGAAUUUAAA